AUGUCUGCCGUACAAGCGGCCACGAAGCCGGAGUCAGCGCAGAAGGUGCUCUCGCUGCUCCUUCGCCAGGGGAACCAGUUUUCGGCGUACAACUUCCGAGAAUAUGCUCUGCGCCGCACGCGGGACGCCUUUCGCGAGAACAGGAGCGUCGAGGACCCGCGGAGGGUACAGGAGCUUAUGCAGAAGGGCUUGAAGGAGUUGCAGGUGCUAAAGAGCACUUGUGGUGGAGGGAGGGAUAUCGGGCAAAGACGAGGCAGGGCACGGCGAGACGACGAGACAGAAGGACACCGGGACAACGCCCUGAGCCAGGACACAGGCUCUCCCGUUUGUCGCAAUGCAGCGGUCGGCCUCCCCGUUCGACAAUGGCGCCAGGAAUGGGUCAGCGUCGCGCCCUCGUCACAGCAGGAGAUGGCCCAGCAGAGCGACCGCUGGGCUGUUGAACUCCCGUACGGUAUGCCGAGAGAGUCCCAUCUUCUCCCGCCACACACCCAGGAACUCCUCCGCGCUGCUAGAUCCGGCCGGUUAUACAAACGACCUGCCCCGAUAGAAGAGGAGGACAUUGACGCCGAGGUUGAUAUUGUCAAGGGGGAAAAGAAGGAUUCAGAGCCGGCCAAUGAUGGGUACAUGGUCAAGCUGUGGAAGCAGGUGCCGCGCAACGCGGAGAGUCAAACGAUAUCUCACCUGGCAAAGCGGCACAAGAACACCGUCACCCUCGCUUCGAGGGCGAUAGCGCCGCAGGCGGCAGGGCCUACUGUUAUCCGGGCCACCGUUCGCCGAAUCGACGCCGCCGGCAACCCUUACGAACAAACCGUCACCCUUGGCGACGGGCAGCAGGUCGACGGCCAGAUCAUCUCCACCACUGUUGUGCCGGCGCCGGCGGCUGCCCAAGGAGAUUUGGCCGUGCAGCAGACGACACCAGUUAGGAGGAGACCCCCACCACCCAAACGCAAGCCCAAGGGUGCUGGGCGUGGGCGUAAAAAGGGAAAGCUCCCCUUGCCUUUGCCUGCGACGAGGUCACAAGCCACUGCUGCAGACGGAGACGGCACUGCGUCCGCCAAAACCGAUAAUGUGGGCCCUGAUGGAAUCAAGAUUGAAGAUACAGAGGACAGCACAAACCAAGACAGUGAGAUGGCAGAUAUUUCGGGUAUGCCCUCCGACGACGAAGAAGGCGAGGGUGGGGAGGGCGAGGACGAAGAGGAGGGAGACGAGGAAAUCAGGGAUGGCGAAGGGGGCGAGGCUCCGAAGGUCGAAAAUGCCGGCGACGAAGCCCACGUUCAGGAGACGAAGGACUCUGAGAUGUCAGAGGCCAUCCAGCCGAGCUCUGUCGAGGAACCUGACGAGCCUCGUCCCGCUAUGGAAGAGGUAGAGGAGGUCACCAUACCCAAAGUUCGCUUCCAGCCGCCGGCCCUGGCAAAUCUCGGCUCAUCGCUCGGUUCUGCAAAAAUCGAGGGCAGCCCCCUGAAGAACGUCAUGAUCUUGUCGCCAACCGAACCAUCGUCCAUGAUCUCGCCCACGGCAAACACUUCCUUUGCUGCAUCCAACUACCUGGAGGUACAGUCACGCACUCUGUCUAUAGAUAUGGGCUCGGGCGGCACCGUUAGCCCAGCGUAUGCCGCAGAAACGACGACACGUGGGAUCCUCCCGCCGCUCAGGGAAAACGCAGCACCCCGGCACUCUGUGAGCCAGGGCAUGACAGCAACAAUCACCCAACCAACAACAGCACCCCCACCAGCGCUCACCCCAAAUCUGUCCGAGCCAACGGCGACGACGACAACGAUAACGACAACAAUAAACCCGGCCGACCAACCCCAGCCAACCCCCGAACCACAACCCGCUGCCGCCACAACCACGACGACCACCACCAAAACCCCAUCACCACCCGCCGAACCCGCCCCCGUUCCCGCCCCUCCUGUACAGCCCAGCGAAGAAAAAGCGGACGACACAGCAGCAGAGCCAAUCCCCGACGCAACCCCCACCCAGCUCGAACCGCCCGCCUCCCCCGCGCUGCCCCCCACCGCUCUGCCGGCCGGGGACGACGAGGACGACGGGCUCAACCUGCUCGGGAGCCUGGAGCGCGAGCUCGACCGCCAAGAGGGCACCACGCCCGUCGCGGAGCCGCCUGUUGAGGCUGCGGCUGCGGUUGCGGCUGUGGAGGGGGUUGGGGCUGAGGUGGAGGGGGGUGGUGCUGGUGCUGGUGCUGGUGUUGAGGGGGAGGGGAAGACGGAAGAGAAGGAGAAGGAGGACGUGGCGAUGGAGGAUGAGGCGGCGGCUGGUGCUUGA